AUGGAAAUCUAUGCUUCUGUUUCAGCUUUUGAAAAAAAUCUUACACUCCAAACGCAAAAUAGUUUUCGAGAUGCCUCGUUCUCAUCCUACUUGAAUAAAGCAGAAGAAAACAUGAUUCGAAAACUCACCAAUCAAGCCGCGGAUAUCCAAAACCAAAAGGAUCAAAAUUAUCCACUUCGUAAGAAAUCAGAAGACGAAGAAAUUGGCGUUUUUGGUGCGGAAAAGUACUUCAAAGGGGAAAUUGAAGAUGUGGAUAAUAAGAAUGAUCGGAGAUUCAUCGAUAGUGCUAUUGCUAAUACAGCGAGCAAGAUGUAUCACGAGGAAGACAAAAUUGAAGAACUUGAUCAUGGAAUAAGUGGGAAAGAAAGACCCGAUCGAAUAAACAUGCACACACCAAGUGUUCGAUCAAAUGUCAGCUGCAAUAGUCGUAGUGGGUUGUUGCCACGUACGAUGCAGACUCCUGGGAAGAGCGAAAAAGGAAGCAAAACCAGGAUUUUUCUUUCUCGUUUUGGAUGCAAUUGUAUUGACAAAAAAUCGACUCAAAUCAGUGAGAAAAGAUUCAUCCACUCGAAAGAAAUCUCGAACAAGAAAACUGACUCGUCGUCAAGUAAAUUAUCAGAGAAAAGCACCAGAAAUGAUUACUUUAGCUUCCCUGUAUUGAACUCCAACGAUCACAAUUCAAAUUCGAGUUCGAAUUCGAAAUCUGGAAAUUUGGCGGGUAAAAUUCAUGGAGAUAACAAUGGCGGACGUUUAAACCUCGGAAGGAAAAUAAGCCUGUUGAAUGAUUGGGAGUUGGACAUUCCAACUGAAGACGAAAUGUACAUUCCGUCACGCGUAAAGUACAACCACGACGUUGACAGUGAUUCCAGCUCCGAUUUGUUUGAGAUCGAAAGCUUUUCAACGACCGGAAACAGUUCGUUUUUGCCUCACCGUGCGUCGGAAUCAGACUGUUACGCCCCUAGCGAAGUCAGCAUCCAGUGGAGCGUCGUAACGGCGAGCGCCGCUGAUUUCUCGGUGGCUUCCGACUACGAGGAGGUAAGAACAGGUGUUGGUGGUUGGAGAAAUUCCGGCCGGAAACCUCAGGUAACGGAUCACAUUCACAAAGACGAGCAAAAGAAACGACCUGGUAUUCUCUCCGGUUGUACGGAUCAUAAAGCGGUGAGAGUUGCAGGAGGUGAGUAUAAGGUUAGUGGUGGUGGAGGGCGGCGGCGAUCGGCAGAUUGUAUGGCGGUAGGAAGUAUGUUUCGAGGGGUGAAUACUUUAACCCGAUUUGAUCCGAUAAGAGGUAAUUAUGGGUCGGAUGUGUGCCCCAUAUCCUAG